GAGCAGUUCGGAGGUUUUCCGCUUUCCACGAAGUUCUUGACAGAUCUGAUUUCAGAUUGAAAGAAUUCAAAAUGGCUGCUACAGGCUCCAAGUAAAGGGCUAACUCUCUUGGAUCCAUCCCACUGCGCAUGAAGCUCUCCUAAGUGUCUAAGUGCUCCUUGUCCCAGUUCCUCCCGCCUCAUCAUGUCCUCCACCUCCUCCUCCUACUCCUCCUCAGGGGAGACCAGUCCGGAGGAUGUACCCCGAGGUGGGGGCACCAUACGGGUCUACCUCCCCAACAAACAGAGGACAGUGGUGACUGUUCGCCAAGGACAGACUGUGUACGAGAGUCUAGAUAAAGCUCUCAAAGUGAGAGGCCUGAGCCAAGACUGCUGUGCUGUGUUUCGCCUGCUAGAAGGACGUAAGAGACUGACGGACUGGGACACAGACAUCACUCCCCUGGUUGGAGAGGAGCUUUUAGUCGAGGUUCUGGAUGAUAUUCCCCUCACAAUGCAUAACUUUGUACGGAAAACAUUUUUCAAGCUGGCUUACUGUGAUUUUUGCCACAAGUUUCUUUUUAAUGGCUUCAGAUGUCAGACGUGUGGCUACAAAUUUCACCAGCACUGCAGUAGCAAGGUCCCUACAGUGUGUGUGGACAUGGACACAGUGAGCAAACGGAUGGACCUCCUGUCUCCGACUUCAGCCUUCCGCUUUCCUUUGCUUGGUGGAGAUGGGCAGUCUCUACAGAGGCAUCGUUCCACCUCUACUCCAAAUGUUCAUAUGGUCAGCACAGUGGACCCUGCUGGUGUCAGCAUUAUAGAGGAAGCGCUAAAAUUCAACAACACAAUGGGUCCUGAGCCCUCACCAAAGCCCUCCACCAGCCCACCCUCUUCUCUGUUCACCCCAGGGAGUAGACCCCCCAAGUCUCCCUCAGAGCAUAAGGAGCGCAAGCCUUCCUCUUCUGAUGACAAAAAGAAAGUGCACCGAGGGGGCUACAGAGACUCCAGUUACUACUGGGAAGUCCACUCUCGAGAAGUGAACAUUCAGAAGAGAAUAGGUGCAGGUUCGUUUGGAACAGUCUUUAAGGGCAAGUGGCACGGAGACGUGGCCAUCAAGAUCCUGAAAGUCACUGAGCCAACGCCGGAACAGCUGCAGGCCUUCAAAAAUGAAAUGCAGGUCUUACGGAAGACCCGCCACGUCAACAUCCUGCUGUUCAUGGGCUAUAUGACUAAGCCCAACUUCGCCAUCAUCACUCAGUGGUGUGAAGGCAGCAGCCUGUACCGCCAUCUGCACGUCACAGAAACCAAGUUUGACACGAUGCGUCGCAUUGAUGUGGCUAGACAAACAGCACAGGGCAUGGAUUACCUUCACGCAAAGAACAUAAUUCAUCGAGACCUGAAAUCAAACAAUAUUUUUCUCCACGAGGGCUGGACUGUAAAGAUCGGUGACUUUGGCCUGGCCACAGUGAAGUCUCGGUGGAGCGGCUCUCAGCAGGUGGAGCAGCCCAGUGGAUCCAUUCUGUGGAUGGCUCCUGAGGUGAUCCGGAUGCAGGACACCAACCCAUACACGUUCCAGUCUGACGUGUACGGAUACGGAGUUGUGCUGUUUGAGCUGAUGUCAGGGACCCUGCCUUACUCGAAUAUCAACAACAGAGACCAGAUUAUCUUUAUGGUUGGACGUGGUUACUUGUCUCCAGACCUAAGUAAGCUGUCUAGUACCUCACCCAAGUCAAUGAAAAGGCUUAUCAUUGACUGCCUGAAGUUCAAACGUGACGAGAGGCCCUUGUUUCCACAGAUCCUGGUAUCCAUUGAGCAGGUUCAAGACUUGCUGCCAAAAAUAGAGCGGAGUCGCUCGGAGCCGUCGCUCCACAGGGCCGUCCACGCUGAGGACCUGAACCCCCUCCUGUUCCACACCACCCGGCUGAUGCCUCUCUAAGCUCCCCAGCUAUGGGGGAAGAGAGGGCGUCACCCUUUUAAAAAAGACCACAGCAUUCCGUGCCUCGGAGAGGCUGACUGUCCCCCACCCCCUCCCACUCGCUCCCUGCGCCUGCAGAGCCUUACAGCUGCAGAAACAACCAGAACACAUGUUUUAUCUGAUAUAGAAUCUCCUUCCCUUUAUUCAAGUGAAAACAGAUGUGCUGAUUAAGUCUUCUGGAUCUAGACGCCUCGGAUCAGUCCACUUGAGAGAAAAGCCAUCAAGCUGAUGCAUUUCAUGACCUGACCUACAAGGAGGUGUUUUAGUUGCUUUGAAGAAAAGGUCAAAGACGCACCCUGCAACAUUGAGGCAGCCUACUAACAGCAGUGGAAUAGUGUAACUAUAGUGUACCACGUGCUAGAGCUGCUGUUCAGGUCAGCUGAUCAGAUUCCAUCAUUCAGCUCAGCUGUCAUGCGGCCCUGUCAGUCUACUGUGAAGCUAGUGAUUUGAAAACAAACUGCCCUUUUGGGAUUGUUUUCAAAACACAAGACAUUUGAUCUCCAUGUAAACCUAUAAUAUUCCCCUGCUAGAAUGAAUGUCAUGUUUCAACCACAUCAACAUAAUAAACAUGUGGAGGCAUAUGAGAAUAAGAAAGUUCAAUCCAUUGCCAGUCUAGAAGAAAAUGGCAACCUUCAACACUAACUAAUUUAAAAAGUGUUAUUUGAAAAUACAAAUGAAUGAUGGGAAGUAAGAUGGAGGAAAGUAUCUGGGUACACAAUGAAGCAGUAACCGGCUCAAAAAGAAAAAGGAGAUUGUCGGGAAUGAAAAUGUGCUUCUCUUGUUGAUUCUGAACUAUACAACAACAGGACACAUUUAUCUAGUUUGACUCAUGUUCUUCAAAGUAACUAAAGGCUAUCAGUUACAUGUCAAAUGAUAUUUACCCUGCCCCGCUGGGUUCAUUGUUUAGCUUGUUGUAUUAAGCUUCACACUGAAUAUAGGAUUACAUCGUUAGGACCAACAGUUUUGUAGUAUACACAAAAAGGUUUGUCUGACCAUUUUAUUCAUCAUUCUGAUAUUGAACAUUUCCAAGAUAUAAGUUUCAAAUCAUCAUUUAAGUUUCCAGUUAAGAAACCCCCGUCCUCAGAACCCCGGCUAAUCAUCAGAUAGAUGCCACUUAAACCGAGAAGAAUAUUUCAAUCAAUUCUAAUGAGGUAAAGAAAUCUAGAGUCUACUUCAACGGCAAUAUUUAAAUCUUGUGUCCACUGUGUUGCUCUGCCCCUUGAUACACGGAGACACCAUAUAGUUCCAUGUUUGUGGUGAACAUGAAGUGAAAUUGAAGAUUGUUUCAAAAGAAUGUCAUCACAUUUUUGCCUAAUAAGGAAUUGACAGAUCAUAGUAAGUUGCAGUCUUAAUGUAAAUGGUUGGUUAGUUAUUGCUGCUACGUUUGUUUUCUGUGUUUCUACGCCUCAGACACUGUGCACCCCGCUUACAGCGUCAUCAAGUCUGAGCAGGUCCUUUCUAACGCUCACUGUGGAUCCACCACUGGAGGAUAUUUGAGGAUCAUGUCGGCACACACUUGAACUACUGUAGCUUUUGGGAGUGCAUUAACGCUGAGGAGCUGGAGCUGUUUCCCUUACACACAUGUAGCCAACAACAGGUGAAGCGUUCUCACUUGGUCUAAGACAGGGGUAGAGCAUGCAGGAGGCACAUCGGUCAUUUAGCCGGUUCGUCAUUUGGAUAACUUGUCUCUUGUGUCCUCAGAUUGGUCUGAAUCUUUGGAGUUGGCUUUUAUCUCGCCCUUUAUCGAGUUAGACAUUUUUGUCCGUGGCGUCUCCAUGUAAAAGACCCUUCCACAUUAUACUCGGCUGUUUGGUUUCUUCUGGUUGACACUGCCAGCUGCGAAAGGAAAGUCCUCAACACGCCCACUCGCUAGGUGUGAGAACUCUAGUCACAUAUGGGCUCAAAUCAGAUUUCCACAGACUCCGCACUUAGAGCCGUCAGGGUGAAGUCCGCCUGUUGUCUGGUCACGUUGAUUUGGACAUUUCUCACAUACAGCUUUUCUGGGUGAUGACUAGAUCAUUUCAGGGUUCCAGUGCAUGUGUUAAAGGAUUACAACCUGCUGUAACAGCUGCCAAACUCCCCACCAAUUCUUUGUCUCCAGCAGUCUCAACAUUACCGUUUUCUAUUCACGGAGUAGCUCUCCAUUACGCCCACAGUGAUGGUAAUUAUGUGAGGAAUAAAAAAUGAGCUUGAAAUUCAUUCUUAUUGUGAUGUCAAGAGAUUUGUUUUAUCUGUCAGAUUUUCUGUUUUUAAAACGAUAUUUGAAAUUCCGAUUGGCCCUGAUUCCAUGCUCUGGAUGAUUGGGUCAGCACUUCAGCUGCUGAUAGUCAGGAUCAGGUUGCAUACAUUAGGUAAUGCAAAUGGACCAGUUGUUUCACCUGGCUGGCAUGUUAUGUGGAUACUUGAAUAGCUGUCUAGAGGUUUUGUUGCAAAGCUGUAAUGGAGUUGCAGCUUCUGUGCAAUGUGUGGGGGAGCAGACUUUGUCAAACAGACUGAGGGAGCAAUAAGGAUGAGCUCAGAGUUUCCCGGCGCUCUGGAACAGAAGGAAACAAACACUCACUUGUAGAUGAUGGCUCACAGUUUGAUCAGUAAUCAACUGUUAUUCACUGUGUAAUGACCAAUAACGAUGGUGGAUGUGAUGGUGCAUUUGAGUUGUAAUGAAGUGUUCCGUGUUCCUGACGCAUUAUGGGCAUACUGUAACAUUGGGAAGGCCUCACAACAAGCCUCAACUGUUGGUUGUCUACCUGUGAUGGGUCUGCAGUUCUUUCCCAACACUUGUCCUGUUCAGAACAAAAUGCAUCAUGGGAGUUUAUUCAUUACAGGGGAAUUGUUUUGGUUCAUGCUAAACUCUUUCAGGGGUUAUAAUCCUAGUCCCAUGCAAAAACUGUAAACUAAUGUGGACACAUCAUCAGUGUCAGUGGCAUGGGGAAUUCUUCGUUCCACUGAGAGAAAUCCACCUGGAUUUAAAAGUAACAUCUGAAAUAACUAAUGUAGUUUUCUUCACGGCGACGGGUUAGUCGCCUGCGCUCUUCCUUGCAGCGGUGUUUGAACGGCUCAAUAAUACUGAGUUCUCAGCUCUCAUAUGUCAUUCUCUUGGAAGUAUUAGCUUUAUAAUACUACUGAGUGGUUUGGAUUUUAGUGUCACCCUCAAGUGUAAAUGGACCAGCUGUGUGGGGAGGGGGGGGGGGGGGGUGUUGGGUGUUCUGUGAACUGUCUUUUCUCCGCUGUAUAUUGUAUGCAUCAGUCAUUAAUGAACUGACCGCAGACCAGAUAUUUAAACCGUAAUAUUUGAAUGUUGUGAAGAUAGGGGCUGGGUACCCUUACUGUUCUUACUCAUUCCAGUUCUUUUGAUGGGGGGGGGGGGCAUUGGUUGAACUGUUGGGGUGGGGAUCUGUGAAGCAGAGUUAUGAAAGACUUAGUUUCUGUCUUUAUUUAUUUGUGUUGUGUGAGGUGGUUAGAUGUUGGCAGAGGGACAUCACUCUCUGCAACACUCGCCAGCGCUCUCUAACAAGAAUGUGUUUUUAGGCUCGGUACUGUCUGCUCCUUCAAAUAACUUGUAUUCUGAUACUGUCUCCUGCAGGGGCAUUUGUAGUGACUUGUCUUUUAAACAUCUUAAGCACAAACUAGAUAUCAAACUUUUUUGCAAUAUUUUGUUCAUAGGUUUUCACUACGAUAGCAUUUGUUAAUAACAACAAAAAUACUGGUGAUAUGGGCUGUGACGUUUAAGUGUAGCUUUUCAGUAUUUGAAUGGCCUUUUGGCUGCUGAAUGAAAGAAACCCACCUUUUUAAAUGCAAUGCUUUUAUAGUCUUUCAGACAGAAUGUCCAUGAUGCACUGCUGGACCAGGUUUCCUGGAAUCUAAGUCAUACGUGUAUAGCCUCACAGAGGGACUGUGUAGUGGAGAACUCAUUACUUCCUGUUCAGAAAGUGAGGCGUCGCCCAAAGAGGACGGUUCAUCUGGUAUCCAAUGGCAACAAAUGCCACAGUUACUGAAAAUCUUUUCAAAUGGACCUGAACGUUUGGAUUACAAAGAGGAGCUGCUUCUGGAGACUUCCUGGGGCGGCCGAGGGGAAACCGACUAACAGCUGCUUGUUUCGGAGAAGAAGGGGCGGAGCCAUCUGUAUCGGAAUAGAUUUUUGUCUUUCCAUAUCUCUAGGUGAAUUGCAAUACUUGUGUUUAUAGUUUCUGAGGUGUCAGGGGUGUUCAGUUUGCAAUAAAUGGUAUAUUCUUCUCUGUACAGUUACAUUUUUUAAUUACAAAAAUUGUACUUUUCUCUAUUUUUGUGUGGUUUCAAAAGAACAAAAUUAUUUUAAAGUGUAAAUGAUAUUAGUAUUUUUUUAGUUUUGUUGUCUUAAAAUAUUGAUGCAGGAUUUAUUCUUCAAAUAAAAGCAAUUAUCUGUGUUA